CAUGAAGCCCGUAUUCUGCUAUAACGAUAUCAAUAUUACGAACUUGGUAUAUCAGUCUGGAAACGAUCGUGUCAUUUUCCUGGACUAUGAAUGGGCCGGAUUCAGCUCAGUGGCAUAUGAAAUUGGCUACCACCUUGCCUCAGUUCACUCUGGAACUGCUAAGGAUCUGACCGGUUUAAUGCCUACAGAUUCAUACGUCAGAGAGUGGGUAAGCAAGUACCUCAGGAAAAAGGCACAGAUUACGGGCAGUGGUGAAAUGGUUUCCGAAUAUGCUAUCAGUAAAUUAGUCCAUGAAGUGGAUGUACUAAUGCCGAUAACUGUCUUUUUAGUGGCCUUGAUUUGUAUUCGUUUGGCCUCGUUACCGGAAAAGGAAGACAAACUUGGUUUUGAUUAUAUCGGUAAUGGAGCUGCACGAUUCGACUACUACUUCAAGUCCAAGAAGGAACCCUGAUGAAGGGAAACAUUAGAGAGACUGCAAACACAUGAGACUCUCACUGCAGCUGCUGAACAAAAGUAGUCUAAUGAUUAGUAUGCUUUCGAUUAAACUUUACUUUAUAAUUUUUUAAAGAUCAGCACAGAUUUGACAAAAGUUGGAAACUCACCAUCUCCGAAUUGUGUAUGUUCACCGCAUAUCGGCAUGGAAAUGAACGCUAAAUAAACAGGUAAUCUACAGCUCAGUCUGUUUAUGCAGCAUGGGAGUUGUCUAGACCGUUUUUGCCAAUUCCAAUGUUUUUUUUUCCAGGAUGAACAUUUCUGCAUACCUUGUGUCGCGACUAAGCAUGCUUUUAAAAUGAAAUAACUUGACGCUUUUCUUGGAAAGAUGCCACCAGUCUGCUUCCUCUCAACAGUCCACGUUUAACCGACUUCCAAAAAUUCGGUACAUAAGCGUUUUAUUAAAAUGCGGUUCAAAGAAUAAAUCAUUUUCAUUUGAUACGAGAGCUGA